AUGCCUCCUACAAAUCUUAGGCAGCGGCGUCAGCCAAGAUCUUCUCCGAUGCGCCUCGUGGCACCCGCGCUGAUUGUCUUUUCGCUCGGAACACCCUCUGUGAUGGCAAACACCGGCUCAUUACCCCUCAGAUCCACAGUCAACGACCGGCUUGAUAGCGGACCAUCAGUGGCUAGCGAUGCGUCCUCUUUCCAGCAGAACAAGCGCAUGUCCACUCCAAAAGAGCAAUCCGCCUCCGACGCUCUCAACCGCCGUAAACACGUCACGUUCCAAGACUUGGACCAGCUCCAAGGCUCUUCAGGUCUCGAUCGCUCACGCUCGCGAGUCCUUCCCCUCGACCAGCUGAAAUCAAAUACACUCGCCGCUCUGCUUUACCAGGACGUGUCUACGAAUGACUUGGACGCCGUAAUAUACGACUCAGACUCAAACGCUGAUGCACACCAAGCCCCCUCCCUCGAGACGGACUCUCGUGUGUUAGCAGCGCCGCCCGCAUCUCGACAGAACCCAGCACAAAAUCCCGCCGGUCGUUCGCGCGCCGCCUACAACCAAGACCUUGUAGGUAAGCAGACGGGCAACGGCUACGUUUUUAGCCUUCAUCGGGAGCCAGAUCUGUCCAUCUCCAACGCUGGUGCAGCGCUGCUCAAUCUCUUUACACGGCGCGAUUCGCCUGUGAGCCGCCCGCCACUGGUGCCCAACUCGAAUUCGAGGUUGCUGAUUGUGCUCGUCGUUGUCUGCGUCAUCGGUGUCGGCAUCCUCACUCUCGCCGCUCAGCACACGUGGAGGUGGCUACAGGCGGCCAUCCAACCUCGCUCUCUACUCAGAAGAAGGUCGGGCGAUGGUCGUCCGACGCGAACACUGCAUCGCAGUAAUGGCAGCUACACUUCAUUGCAUACGAGCUCACUACUUGUUCCAUCAUUCGACGAAGAAGAGGAGCGGAUCAAGACUCCGCCUACCUUGUCACGACGCAGCAGUGCGGCAGCGACAGCAGCUGCAGCUGCAGCUGCUGCUGCCUCGUCAACUGGUCCGCACCACGACAUGGGCUCCGACUCGGACGACGACGCAUCGGAACGCAAGGCGUCGCACGAUCUGCAUUACCUUGCGCUUCCGUUUGGCAUCGGCAUCGGAUACAGCUAUGCCAACAUUGCCGAUGGCGGCGAUGCCCGAACGCGCAUCUCGAGACUGGCAGCAAAGCGAUCUCGCCGUCGCCUGGGCUCGACCGUAGCACUUUCGACGGGUGCUUUGCCGAUCGCGGGCACGCGUGCGGUGAGCGGCGCCGAUGGACUUCGAUCGCGAUCGCGCUCCUUCAAGGAGCUGUGUCGCGAUGCAUUUGGUACUACGACAUCUCGCGACAUUGGCAUGAUCUCGGAAGAGGAGGCGGAUGAUGACAUGACCACGGUGCCCACAACAAGGUGGGGAUCUAGCCUGAUUUCGCUCGACUUGUCCGGCUCGGAGAGGGGCAGCGGCACUGUGACGCCGACAGGGCCGAGUGCGGCUGGCAUACUUCCCUCGACAGUAUCGUCGAGCAUCGCGCUCGAGGACUUGAUAUCCACGCCAUCCUCGAAAGGACGCUUUUUUGGCGCGGAUAACCCUGCAGCUGCAGCAGCUUCCGGUCACACGCUCAUCGAUCUGGGUCUCGGAAGCGCUGACGUGGCGGAUUCGCAUCCCGAAGGCAUCACUCCCGGCGUCGAUGCCGGCCGUGUGAUGCCUUCGCAGGUGGCGCGUCAUCCGCAGGUGGAGCAUCUCCGGCGGGAAGGCCGAUCCGAGACGGGCAAGCGUGUGGGCAAAGGCACUCCGACGAAUGCCAAGCUCCACUAG